AUGGACACCGACCCUAAGACCGCCCUACCCGCAAAGCUGCGAUGGAGACCCUAUGCUAACGGGACAAGCAAGAAGAACAGCACAAAGAUCAAAAAGGUCGACACACCCAACCCAAACGCCAUCGCCCACAAGAUCAGACCUAACCAGUACUACUCCUCAAAGUCAAACAAUGCCCCAGUCAAGGUUAGCCUUCAAUGGGAAGAAGCCGAGACUGUCGAGUCCAUGAGCCAAGGCGGGCGCCCGCACAACCUCCAACACCAACAUCGCUCCUUUGACUCGGCCAGCUCGCGCGGCUCCUCCCCUGGCGCCGUCUCCGAUACCUCGUCGCUCUCUUCCCCCAUCAAACAACGCGCUUUCUCGACAAGCAGCGCCAGCAGCACCGGCAGCAACAACAACUAUAACAACAGCAACGGCAACGUAUUGAUGAGUUCCAUGGACCGUGCCAUGGCAUCCUUACCCUCUCCGCCGCCUUCCAAACCACUCUCGUCAGGGCUGGACCUGGUCGGGGGACCCACCGACUUUAAUUUCUUCAAGGCUUCGAUCCCGGGACUCACAGGCCACAACGCUGGUCAACAGGCCCUCGGCCCAGACUCGAUGACACCCAACAAUGCAUAUCAAAUCGCUCUGAACGUCUUGUUCCAAAGCCAGACAAUCAAACACAGUACCUUUCACACGGUGGCUCUCAUGGAUGCGCCCCUGACAAGCAGCAGCAACAACAACAACACCAGUGCCUCGUCCGCAGCGUCGCUUCUGGGCUCCUCGACCAUUCACGACGCCUUACUUUCUGACCCCAACCGCGUCUUGUCGAACGAAGAACUGCUUGGCGUCUCCAGCAUUGACGAGCUUCUGGCUUCCUGUGGUGUCAUGGACGACGGCUCUAUUGCCCUUACAACACAGGUUCUCUCUACUCCCACGGAUACAAACCCAUCUUACAACACUACGCCCUUGAACACUCUGCUGGACUUUAAUAGCUCGGGAAUGGUGGUCAGAACCCCUUCAACCUCUGGUUCCAACACCUUCUCCCCCAUGGCAAUCACCAACCAGUCGCUCGAGGCCCUCCUUGCCCAGUCUGUCAUCCCUCAACAACUGCCGCACUCACAUCAGCAGCAACAAACCCCUGUCUCGCCUGUCAGCACAACUACUACUAGUUCCCCAGCAACAGUCGAUGCGUACGGAAACCUGGUCCAAGCAUUAGCCUCACCAUUCGGUUAUCUCUCGGCCAGCGACUCAUUUGCGGCCUCUGCACCCACAGCCUGGCCUUCGCUUUUCCCGACCUUUGUGGAGGACACCUCAAUGGCCAUGGAUGUCACGACUUCAACGGUCACCGUCUCUACUCCUCAGAGAAGCGAAAUGGCGACCCAGACCGAAGGACCCUAUGUCACACCACUUUCGCCAGAAUCUGCAGCUUCUGCCACGCACGGGUCACAACGUGGCACACCUUCGCCGUUGUCCACGGCCCUUGGUCUCUCUGAUGAAGAGAUCGAUCCUGACUGGCUCAGUUUCUUGGACGAGGCUUCGCCAUUGUUCGACGAGGCGGAUAUGCCGUCGCCUCCUCCUUCGGGUGACGAAGGCAACCCUUAUCCACAAGCAGGCACACCAAGGAGUACCGAGCAACGUACAAGGAGUACAUGGGGCUGGGGCAGCGCUGUUCCGCCAGCUGGACACCGUGGCCUCCCAUCGACAUCGUCCAUGACCGGCAUUCCAGGCGGAUCAAUUGGAGGUGGAGGGCUGGUUAGGACACUCCAAGGUGUAGGACAACAGCGGACGGCCAAGCCCUCCAAAACGCCUGGCUCUACCCCUGUCGGAGCAGCGCCAUCGACUGAGAACGAUGAGGCACAGUCAAGAACCACCACGGACAACAAGGGUAUAGCCCCAUCGGAUCUUAGUCUCGCUCCCAGCGAAAAGAUCACGAUCCAGAGCGAGGACAGUUGGGCCGGCCUAAUCCACAUGAUCAAGGGACUUUGGAGCGGUGGCGGCGGAGACAGCAACACUGACUAG